AUGGCGGACACCAAGAUUUUCAGUAAUUUGAGAGUAUUAGUGAUCAAAACGGAUGACAUAUCAUCAGAUGAGUUAAGUAAUAUUAAAAGAACUAUUGAGGAAAAUGGCGCUCUAGACUGUGUUGUUCAUGAACCAAUACGACAAAUCGAUUGUGCCCUUGUUGAGAAAGAACGUUUCAUCUCGCAGUUCCCGGAACAAAUCCAUUGUAUUAUUACCAGGACUGUGGAAUUCAGUUUUUACCGCGUUGCUGCGUUUGAUCUACUGAUACCCAUUGUCAGUCCAGCCUGGAUAGAAGACUGUUUGAAAUUCAAUAGGCUUAUGAGAACGACAUGCUACUCGCCAAAUCCUAUACAUUUUUUGAAAGACUGCUAUGUUUAUGUCUCGAAACAUGCGCUCAAUGAGGUUGAGUAUCCCUUUUAUUGCUCUGUCAUUACGGCAUUUGGCGGGACAUGUAUGGAUUACCUCUCGACUAAAGCCACGCAUAUUGUCACAUGGGACAAGAACGAUGUUGCAAUUAAGGCGAUGCAAAAGUUUCAGAAAUACAGAGUUCAAUAUGUCAUGCCUAACUGGCUAAUUGACUGCCUGGCAGGGCUGGAGUAUGUGAAAGAGGAUGGUUAUCUCAUAGACGUUCAGUGGGACGAUUCACAGUUAAAGAGAAGAUCCGAGGAGUUGUGGGAAAAAACAAUGAGCAACCUGGAUAACUGGAAAAAAACGCUCAACUUUAGGUUAGAAAAGAAGGUUGUGCUGGGGGAUGACCUAGCUUUACCUGGUUCCUGUUACAAAUUUUUUCUAAAUUGGAUCAAACAAUGUUUGGGAUGCCAGAUAACUUUGGUUGCAGAACCCAGCCAAUUGGCUCAGUCUAACGCCGACAUAUACGUUGGGCACUCAGCUUCGAGCGAAAGUGUAAGUAUUGCAAAGGCAAACGGGCUGAUAUGUGCAAAUAUUGCAUGGUUUUUCUAUGUAUGGCAAAUGCAAGAAUUUGUACAUCCUUCUUCAAAACUGCUAUUAUCUCCUUUGAAAAAGCCUGUCUUCACAAAGGAAGAGCUUAGGGCAACAUUCACAAACUACUAUGGAGAACAAAGGUAUUAUAUCCAACAGUUAACAGAAGCACUUGGUGGUAUUUGUACUACUGAGCUAACAAAAAAAAAUAGCCAUUUGAUAUCUGCUAUAGCGUUUGGUAAAAAGUUCAAUGCUGCCAAAGCGUGGGACUGUUGCAUUCCAGUAAACCAUUUGUGGCUUGAAAAGUGUUAUAAACAGGGGGAAAAGCUGGAUCCUAUGCUGCCUGAGUUUCAACAAUUCCCAGUACGUGGUGGAAUCAAAAGUUCAUUGGGACAAAUGGCACUAGAAGAUAUUGCUUCAGUUACUUCACCACUUCUUGAGAAACCACAAAAACCUACCGAGCUAUAUAUGGAUUCUCAAGAAGCCGCAAUAGAAGAACCCAUCGUUAUUCCAGAUAAACUUUCGGAUGUCGAAGACGCUAGUAAGGGUCAAAGCGAACAGCGUAAACUAGAGGAGGUAGAGGCAGAGGCAGAGGCAGAAGUAGAGGCAGAAGCAGAGACAGAAGCAGAGGCAGAGGCAAAGGUAGAGACGAUAGAAGAAAAAACAGAACAACAGGAGGUGGUCAAAGAGUCGACACCAUUCCAGACAAACAAUGGGCCAAAGAAUAUACAAGAUGCAUCUGACUUCAGUAACAACCAUGAGAAUGAGUUUAGUGCUGACAAAAGUAGCAUAGCCACUCCAAUGGCAUCUAGAGAAGCAACAACUCAAUUUAGUAACGAGUCACCUGAUCCUACGUCACAACCACUUACUCCAAUGAGCGAUAGUAUGCGUAAGGCGAAGGCAAAAGCUGCUGAGAAGUUACAUACAGAUAUCGAGUCCUUGAAUGAGUUUCAAAGGAUAAAUAAGCGUAGAAGGUCGCCUGAAAUUCUUCCUGAAGCUAUCCAAGAAUUGAAGAAACAUAAAGCACUUGACUCAAAGGCGGAAGAAUUGGUGUCCUAUUUAAAUAUAUCACACAAACCUUACCGUAUUAAAGCCGUCCUAACCAACUGCCAUGAAAAUAUAUCAGACCUUGAUAUUCUAGUGUUAAGCAAAGUGGGAAUUAUGAUAUAUCCAGAAGUGGAAAGUAACACGAAUACAGUUAUCGCACCGAAGAAGGCCAGAACUGCCAAAUUCUUGAAGAGUUUCAGUUUCAAGCCAUUGAAGUACGCAUUGACUCCAAUGUUUAUCACACAGGUACUCUCUAAUAUAAAGAAGGAAAAACCAAUUGAGUUACAGAUGGGAAAAUAUUUCAUACCCGAUAUCGAUCCCAAGGUACUGGAGAAAACCAAGUUACCAACUAAAGUAUUUGAAAGACAUGGCUUUACUCAUGUUAAUAUCUCAGACGACAUCCCCGGAGGAUGUAAAUUGAUUUCCAGUAUCUUAAAAUGCCAUGGCAUGAAAGAAGUGAAUCCGCUAGGGAAGAAAUUCGAUAUGAAUGAUAUAGUUAAAAAUACAGGUUCUAAGAAGAGUCCAGAUUACGUGCUGAUAGCCAGUAAAGCCUCAAUGGCUAAGAAAUUCAACAAAUGCGUCAAGGAUACGGAUAAAAGCAAUAAAGUUUUCGUAGUGGAAUGGAAUUGGUGUGUGAAGAGCAUUUUCAACUUGGAUAUCGACAUAGAAGAUCAUGAAUAUGUCAUUUAUAAUAAGUAA